CAGCGCGCGCCACUGGGCUUCAGUCUGCUGGCCUCUGGAAUGGGAAGAUAUCAUCAUCAGCCCUCAUUUCACAAUUGAUUUAAUACACGAGCUCCACCGAGAGUCUGUAUUUGUGUACGUUGUCUGCACAAUGAUAUGCGGAGGUAAGGUGAUGGAAGAGGCCAGCAGGAGGUUCUCAGAGGUGCUAUUUCUGCGGCUGUCAGGCUUUAUUCCUUACUCUGUUCAGUAACAACGCCCAUUCUCAGCCUGAAUCACCAUGAAGCCAGUUCACGAGCGCAACCAGGAGUGCCUCCCUCCCAAGAAGCGGGACCUCCUAGUCAACAACAAUAACACCACCAACAACAAUAACAGCAGUAGCAUCAGCGGUGGGGCAGGAGGCAGUGCCAUUGGGAGUGGUGGAGGAGAGGAGGCCCCAUCUUUACAAAGCUCUGGAACGAGUGGAGAACCACAUAGCGGGGUCGGUACUGGCGAGUGGGUGCGAGCUCAACCUAGCAUGCAUUUUGGUGGAGUCGAGGGUCCUGAGGGUCUUGUGGGGCUGACUGUGGAUCAGUAUAGCAUGCUUUAUAAAGUGGCUCUGCCCGCUGGCACCUACUCGCCCACCAGCCUGCACCCAGUUCUUAGCCACAUUUCUCCCACCUAUACUGUUCCCUCCCAGAUGUUACAGCAUACAAGUGUUCCAUACCCUCCACUUAGCUACACCCAGAUCCCUCACUCCUCCUUGCAGUUUGUCAGUUCUCCAUAUGCAACAGCAGUUCCCUAUGCUGUACCUCCAGGAUUUGUCCAGAGUUCCUUGAUACCACAUCAGUCAGCCAUUCCACAGCCGCACCCCUUGUCCCACCUGAUUCCGUAUCCAUCAGUCAUUCAGGAAGGAGUGGUUUCGUCCCCCCCGCAACAGCAGGUUUCAAGUCAUACGUACACCAAAAUGGCAGCACCUAGUAGAGUUCCUCUGUUGCUCCCUUCCGAGCAGGCGGCAGCACAACCGCAGCUUGGAAAUGUAGGGAUGCUACAUGCUGCAGAGGUUAGCCCAAGGGGGAUUUUUCACCACCCUGCCGUCAGGGGCGUCCAACCUCAAAGAGACCUGCACAGCAACUCCCUGGAACAGGAAAGAGAGGUGAAUGGAGGAGACAGAGAACAUGGAGGCAGGGAGCUCCAUCAGGAUGCAGUUUUUUCGUCCAGAAAUGCAUGGCUGCUCCAGGCAGAGCCCCCGCAAGACAAAAGCUUGAAAGGACGCAGACAGGAUGGCAGAGUCUCUCCAGGCCAGCGCAGUACACCGGACACAGAUCUUGAGGUUCAGCAAGCGGUUGGACGACUGACCUCUCCAGUUCAUGGGACAAGUCGCAAGGAAGCAGCACAGGUCCCCCUGAAUCUUUCUCAGAGCUCUCAGAGGAGUAGAGAGUCUCAGGGUGAAGUCAGAACAGCAUACACAUCACAUCCUGCUGAAUCCAGAACUCAACAGCAGCAGAUCGUUCAACCAGGCCACGCUGUGAUCUUGGCCAAUGGACAGCCUGUUCUUGUGCCCUUGGACUACCAUCACCACCAACAGCAACAACUACAACAACAGCAGCAGCACUACCCAAGUCAACCAAAUGAUGUGGCUGCCACUGCAGCCAUUGUUGCUUCUCCUACAACAUAUACAAAAGCCGUCAAUGUUUCAGCAGCAGUGUCUUUCCCAGAGCGUGCGGUGGUGGAGCUGACUCCCCAACAAGGUCAUCCACCCUCCCAGCAGCUUCUUGCUCCAGCUACUGGAGGUCCUCCUCAAGCUCCUCCUCUUGCUCCUGCAGGCCCAUCGCACUUCAUGAAGGGUGCCAUCAUCCAGUUGGCAACCGGAGAGCUCAAGCGUGUGGAAGAUCUGCAGACUCAGGACUUUGUGCGGAGCGCAGAAGUUAGCGGUGGGCUGAAGAUUGACUCAAGCAUGGUGGUGGACAUUCGCGCUAGUCAACAGCGACCCGGUUUAGUGGCUCUGCAUUUCAAUGUAGGGGAGCAACAGAGCAAAGUGACUAUAGAUGUACCCCCUGAACACCCGUUUUUUGUUUUCGGACAGGGCUGGUCAUCUUGUAGCCCUGAGUGGACUGCUCAACUGUAUGGUCUUACUUGCCACCAUCUGCAAGUGGGUGAUGUUUGCGUGUCGGUCACGCUUGCACAGCAAGCUGCGCCACAGCAGAAACCACUGCAACAACAACAAGUGCAGGCCAGGACUCCCAUCAAAGCCAACUCCACAUCAGGGGCCCCGCCUCAGCCCAUGGGCCCCCCUGCUCCCCAGAACACUCGGCCGCAAAGCCAACUAAAGGUGGACCGCAUCCACAGAGAGAGAGACCGGGACAAGGAGGAGCCCAUGCAGGUCGGGGGUUCGAGACAUGCCGACGUGGCCCCUAGACCAAACAGGACUUCAGCAGAGCACACUCGGAGCCAGAGCAACUAUUAUUUGCACACUGAGGGUCACGGAGCCGGAGCCUCUUCCAUAGGGGCAUCCCAGAGACGCUGGUCUGCCCCUGGCUUCCAAAGAUAUAGCAUCAAGAAUGAGGAGGGGAAUCUAGUCUCUGUUGCCACCUCUGGCUCUUCACGGCCCUCCUUUAUCCCACAGGAGGUCAAGUUGUCCAUUGAGGGGCGCUCUAACGCCGGGAAGUAGCAGCCGCUGUAAAAGCAAACACAAACGCAAGAGAUUGUCAAUGGGAGCAAAGUGUCACAGUCGGUUAAAAAGGAUGCAAAAGAGGGAGCGAGGGAGAGCAAGAGAGAAUGUAGCCUCAGAAUGUUUGAGAUUUUGCACAUAAUGGAAGUGUCCCCCUGCCGCUCCCCCCUCCUUCCUUUUUCUUUGCAUAGUUCUGGUCUUAAAGGGAUAGUUCACCCAAAAACUGUCUAUGUUUCUUUAUUUCUUCUGUGGAACACAAAAGGAGAUUUCAAUUUGGUGAUCAGCAGAAGAAAUAAAGUCAUAAUGGUUUGGAAUGAGUGAGGUUGAAGAAAUGAAUUUUUGGGUGAACACAUUUUUUAAGCAGGGAACUUUUGCGUUUUUUUUGUGCCAGGUCAUAGUCAGCAUCUGCAAUGAUGUGCAUGGGCAGCUUUAUCUGGUAAAUCAUGUACCAAAGCCUGCAUCGUCUGCGUAUUCCUGUGGGUGAAAUAUCAUGUUUGGCAAUGAUCACUUCUGCAAAGACAUUUAGCAUUUUUUUCAAAAUAGAUGUUUAUUCAAGAAAGGCCAGGGGUAAGAACAGGAUACAGCCAUAGCGUCUUGACAAGCCUUUAUAGUCCACUCAAUAAUAAAUAUAUAUACAUAUAUUUAAAAAACGGAAUAAAACUCCCAGAGGAUAGAUUGUUUGGAUCUUUUUUUUUUUUUCAUGAAAGACAGGCUCUUUCUCUCUAAAUGUUGACUUUCCUUUGGUCUGACAGGUUUUUAUUUGGCUAAAGCCUUAAAACAUGGACAUUUUUUUUAAAUGUGUGUCUCUGUAGAGAUGCUUUUCCACACUUUUCUACACUUGAUCUACACUCUCCCCCUCUCCCUGCCUCUUCUCAGGGUGCUUCUGCGAAGGACUUCUUUCGAGUCUGGAGUUUGAGAACCAUUGCCCAGCGUCGCCACAUCAAUCAAUUGAUCCAACAAUGUUUUUACCAUCAAUGUCCAGGGACUAUUUCCAGAUGAAAUCUAGCACCCAUUUUGUUAUUUUUAGCAGUUUCAUUCAGAAGUUUACUGUUUUCUGAGUUUUUUAAUCUGCAUUCCAUUUCCAACGUGACGUCACCUUCAUCCUAUUGGAACUUUUAUUUCCCAGUAAGGCUGGCCUAGGAAAACAGCCUCUCAAUAGUACCUCACGGUUGGAAGCAUGCCCCAUUCUGAUUUUUUUACUUUUUUAAUUCCUCCCCUGCAUUGUUGUAUGCUUUUCCUGGAGACAGUAUGUGUUGUCACCCAAAAUCACCCGUUUGCGAAGCUAAGACCAAAUGUGGAACAGGUUCUAGCUGCUUGCGAAUGGCUUGUUCCUGCUGAGUUGGAUUAUUACUACAAAGUACGCAGGUUAAAGUUGUCUCUGUUGGAAGUGCUGAUUCACUCCGUAGGAGUGUUGAUUCACUGCUGUUGGGUGUGGACAAACCCUGCUCAGUUACCAAAAUCAAAGCAAUAGUUGUGUUGGAACACAAGCCUUGGUAUUGUUCAACACAUUUUUGUUUUGUUUUUAAAUCCCUUACGAAUUGGAUUAUUCCUUGCAUUAUGGUUUUUGUAUGUGCAAAAGUUGCAGUCUGUCUAUAGAGACCUUUUUAACCUUGUCCUGCACUUCUCUUGACUUUUCUAAAAUGAUGCAGUUUUAUUUCAUGAUAAUCCUCAUUUCUAACAGUUACUACAGGAGUUCAUUUAAAACAUCACAUUCAGCUUUUAGGUGAGACAGAUUUCCUUUCUAAACCGGUUUUGUCUUCAGAGAUACCUAAUAUGAAAGCACAUCUCUAAAUGGGACUUUUUUUAAAGACUUGCAGAUUAGGAGAUCUGAGGAUCAUCUUUCGUCCUUCCUGUUAAGAUCUUGACCCCUUACAUUUUGCCCUAACCAGGCAUGACAACAACAAUCGAUUAAAAGUGAUUAAAGAUCUCUUCCACGUAAAUACGAGUUUUUGUUCUAACCAGCCGUACCAUCAAAAAGCGACAAGCAACAGGGUGCUUCUUCAGUUGCAUGGUUCCUGUUUUUGUGCCAUUGGGAUUUAGCCCAAACCUCCUGCUCCUCAUAACUGUAUUUUAAACAUAAAAUAUGUUCUAAUUGACUGUGAUUGUAUGACAUUGUGCAGCAUUUUCAUUUCAGUGUGCAAACGCCUGGUUAGGACACUGUGUUAAAUCGUAAACUCAUCCUGAAACAGAUCUUCUCUGGAGAGAGCUUCAUAGAUCUCCUUAUUUCAGAUGUUUGCUGAGGUUUUUAUGGUCUUUUCAUUGGUUUCUGUAAUUGGUGGACUCUUGUACAGUAUUGCGUUGUCUUUUUUCUUGCUAAUUUUACCCAUCAGUGGUUCUUAAAAGUUGUACUGCAGGUCUUGUAUUGCACAUAUACGUUCACAAUUAACUCACACUGACCUUUUAAUGCAAAUCAGAUAUGAUGUGUUUUAUUUGAUUAUUUCUUUAAUAAUGAAGGGAAAAUGUUUGUGUGGUAAUUUUGAAGUAUUCAGUUUUGUUGGUGGGUUUUGGCUCAUGAGAAACUGACAGGCAAGUUUGACUGUUUACAAAUUAGCCAAGAGUAAAUGCUGCAGUUUCAAUUUUCAUAGUUACUCAACAUUUUCAAAUGGAAAAAAAAAGCAUGACUUAAGUGCAAUUAGACCAAAUAUUCGGAAAAUCAUGUUUUGUUCCAAACAGCAUUCCAGUAAAGAGCCUGACAUUCCCAUCAUUAUGUAGCAUAAAUUACAGGAAAUGUGUUUUGUUUUGUUUUAUCUUUAUUAGUAUUUUCAAUGUUUUAAUACCACUUACUACUCCUUGUCGGAUUGGACAUUUUCACUUUGGGCCGAGUCAUGAGAUGACCUCCAAUAUGUUUCUGUGUUGUUGUAUCUUGGCAUAGCAGAGUUGGCCAGGAUUUUAUUUAAUCACAAUCAAUGCUCUUAAUAAUAACUCUUUUAGACUCUCACUAUCACUCAAGGCUUUAUGAUAAGAGUUUUUGUUUAGGUAAUAAGUAAUAUACGUAUAUAUAUAUUUUUACUAAAUGUAGCAUGUAACAUAUGAUUUGGUUAAUUUCCUCUAAACUGCAUAAAUCUCAACAAUACCACUUGUCUGUGUAGUUUGCAAAUCUCUGACAUCAAAGACGUUAAAGCCAAUCAACCCAACUUUUCAUUCUGAUUGAAAUAAAAUAAUGAAGAAAUAGCAAUGUGUUUAUUAAGUACAACAGUAUUUGGUUUUGACCACCCUAAUGUGGUUCAACCCUUUUGUUGUUUGUACAUGAAGCAUACAAUGAGCAUCAUCUGUUCUUUAUUAAGUGGUCCUGCGUUCAAGUAAUUCAUAGUAUUUUGUUUGGCUUCAUUCAGCUCCUUCUUUGAAAGAGUCCCACUUUCAUGCUAUUUAUAGUGUGGUUUCAAAUCUAGUUCAUGUUGUUUCUUCCUUUCUGUCUCCAGAACAUUUCUGCGGCAUUUUGGAGCACUUUAAGAUAUUAAGUUUACAGAGGACACUUCCUUGUUCUCCUAACUGUGGACAGCCAGCCAGAAAGGAGUUGUCCUAAAAGGUCACAACCGUCAUUUGCAGAUGUGGCCUAUGUAGACAGCAAUGAAGUAUCUUAUUCGCCCUGGAGAGAGUGCUCUUAAAGUGUAAAAUCUUUGCCAUAAUCUAUCGCAAUGUCUAUAAGUUAGCACUAGAUGAUAGCAAAAAGUAAUCGAAAUCUAUUUUUUUUUUACAGAACUCAACAGGAGUCAAUUAAUUUUCUAAUAUUAUCCAAGAUCGACUGAUACGAUAGAUAAAAGAAGCACCUACACUGACAGAUGCCGUUGUAUUGUGUAUCCCUAAUAUUUACGGUGUUUGCCACUCUUAAUAGGACAAAGUAGGAAAUAUUUCAUCAUUUUCUUAAGUAUUAGAUUUUAAAUAAGCAAUACUUGAAAUACCAGAAAGAUGCAGGUUUAGCAUGAGCUAUGUAGUAAAGACUCCAUAUGCGUGACAAACAUUCAGACUUUUAAAUAUCAGCCUUUUUUAUUUUUUUGUGGUCUGUUCACAGAACUGUUUUUCAGGAAACUUCCAGAUUAAUAGUCAUUCUGUUUUUUCUUCGAUAAUCCACAGGAUCAGUGACUUUAGUGGCUAGUUAUCUCAUGAUUAUGUCACGUAACUUGAAGCUUAUCUAGUAUUGCUUUGGUGCUGUUGCUCUAUGUUUUGGUCGGAAAUAGUGCGCUGUUUUUCAUCUUCUCAAAUGCACUGCCUUACCAGUCGUCUCUCGCCGAAAAUGAGUUUGAUCUUUGUGGUGGUGAUGGACUGAGUAUGCGUUCAUUGUAAACAAAUGAGCUUCUACCUUGUGCACUGUAUACAAAACGAGUUGACAAUUGCUAUGUCUGUGCCUUCUUAAUGUCUUAACUUUGAGCAGUUCAUCGGGUCUGUCUUAUUCAGCUUGUUUCUCGGGGGGAUUUGCUUGUCCCCAGUUUGCUUCUACUGCAUCAUAUCUCACAGGCUUUUAAGAAUGAGCUACAUUCCUUAAGAUAAAGUGUCUAGAGCGUCACAUUUCCUUUCUCUUCGGAUGUGUGAAAAUUAAUCUGAUCAUGUCCUUACCUCACUUCAUGCACUCAUGUUGAGCACAGCACGAUGACAGCUUUUCAUCGCCCUAUAACGCUUACACAAUAGAGGAAGCUCUGAUGGAGCAUUUAACUGGAGGACUGCAUAAUGUGCGUUUUUAAAAUAUAGUCUACUCACUUUUCUGCAACAAAAACAUGCAGCUUUAAAAUAUGUAUUUGCAUUGAGGCAAGAGGUCAGUCUGUGACGUUUCGAUAUUCUAUUUGGCACAUGCCAUCUUGUCAUACUAAUUCGCAGGUCAGAGAUCAGCAAACUUUAACUGUCGUCUGCAGUGAAAAUGCGAAAUUUCUUCGCAGGAACUUGCAAUUCUUGUCUUCCGUGUUUGAAUUGGAGUAAAUGGAGUGCUUAGUUUAGUGUGACCACACCUCAUAUGUUACGUUGCUUGACGGAGCGUCACUUUUUCCUCUACGCCCUUGCGAUGCACCACGGCCAUUAAAAUCAAUAUAUUUGCAGCGUUCUUUGACAUGGCAUGAGCUCUAGUGUGUAAGCACCUUUUAAGGCCAAGGUGUACUUAGGUUUUACGAGCAACGCAAAUAUUGUCAUUAGCAUAGUACGCGUGUCCGUCAUGGCCAUAAGAGUAUUCUUUGAAAGGCUAGAGCGCUCAUAUGUGUGCAAGAUGUAACGGCACACAGAAAAACAAAGUAUACCCUAGCCUUUACUCUCAGUGCACAUUGCUUUUGGAUUGUUUUUAGCUUUGGCCCACAUUUAAGGGAAACCUGCGUUUACCCAGUUCUUCCAUAGAGCCUCACCUAAUCACAUACUGUAGGCGUUCGUCACUUUGAUGCAAUGAAAUGUUCUGCACUUAUUUUCCCUCACCUAAAGUGUUACUGUAAAUGUUUAGUUGUCAUGUUGAAUCAUUCGAAACCAUGUAAAACAAUCAUCCAACAUUUGUUUGUACAGAGAUGAAGAUAUGUUUUGUAUAGUAUUUGCUUGUCGAUUACGCCUUAAGAUGUGCAUCACCCUUACAAAAAACCUAAACUUGCCACAGGUUUGCAGCUCGUUACUUUCACAUGCAAAUGAGCUUGUGAUUCGCAACAAAUGUUUGCAGCUCUUCACCUCUAGUGGUGAACCUCCAUCAAUCUUUUGGCAACAAGAAUAUUUGCUGCAAGUUUUACCACAAAGCUCAUUCGCAUGUGAAAAUUAUCAUUGGUGAAUCUGUGUCAAGUUUGCGGCAAAUUUGCCAUGUACUCUCGAUUUUUGAAGGGCAUUCUUGUUGAUAAAAUGAUGCUUACAAAUGACUCUCCUUUCUUACUCUGCAAGGUCAUAUACGAUUUCAAGCGGAGACAAAGUCUCCGUCAAUCGUAGUUGUUUCGGAAGACCGGGGACUCCCUUCUGUAAAGGUUCUGAUGUAAUGUGGCUUGGGAUGCUCACUGACAACAAUUGGUGAAGUUGCACUUACUGAUUGUAAGAUUCUUUUUUUGGACUAGCUCAUAAUGUGUACCUUUGUUGAACACAAUAUAAGCUUGAUAUAAAUUCUAAAUCUUUAAUGUUUUAUUUAUCUUUUGCUCUGUUUAAUGGGGCAAACGUGAAUUGAAGACAAGCCUUUGUUACUGUUGUUUUGCACUGUUGGCACGUCCCUGAUUCCAAACCACAGAAAUUCUUCUCUCACUUCCUCAAUACAUAAAAUCACAAAUGCAGGGGGUGUGUAUGACUCUUCUUUAGAUAAAGUGUAUAAUGGGUACUUCAUACUUGGGUGAAUCUCAAGAAACAUGUCAGAAACAUAUCUUGGAUAAAUCAAAAGAAAAAAGAUAUUAAAUUGUGUUUUGCAUAAAGAAAUUAAGGCCUUUUAAAGGAAUAUUCCGGGUUCAGUACAAGUUGAGCUCAGUUGACAACAUUUGUGGCAUAAUGUUGAUUACCACAAAAAUGUAUUUCGACCCGUCCCUCAUUUUCUUUAAAAAAAAAAGCAAAUAUCUGUGUUACAGGAGACACUUAAAUAGAAGUGAAUGGGGCCAAUCAGUAAACAUAAGUAUAGCCACAAGAAAACAAUAUGCAUGUAAACAUGAUUUUAGUGUGAUAAAAUCACUUGCUGACCCUUUCUCUGUAAAGUUAUAGCCAAUUUUACAAUUUUGCUGCCAUGAUGAUGUAAUGCGUAAACCCUAAUACCUUAGAAUGACCAUAAAAACAAUUAUUUAAUAAAUACAUGAAGUUUAACAGAAGCAUUAAUGUAAGUUAUUUUAUAAAAUUUUCUAAAGGAGAGAUGAUUCAGUAAUUUUUUGUGGUAAUUUUAACUUGUAUUGAACCCAGAAUAUUACCAUUUUUUUUUUGCAUUAAUAGUAAUACGAAUUUGGAACGUAAAUGCGCUCAUGAAAAUGUCAGUGUAAAACAUUCAAAAAAUUGGCUUAAUUUUCUACAUAUUGUAAUUUUUUUUAUCGUCUGAAUUCAGGGUGAAAUGUGACCUAGAUAUUGCUUUGUGAGAUUAACCGUUUAUUUCUUUGUGAGUGUUGCAUCUUUUUGAAAAUGCCUACUUUCUAUCCCUGAAACAUGCAUUUUCCUCAGUAUAAUGGCUUGAGGGAGUGAAAGCUGAAUUUUGAGCCGAGUCUGUAUUAGGAAAUGGUGCAUACAAAGGGGAAUCUAAACUGACUUUUCCUAUUAAUAGCAUUUGAUCUAACAUUUCUGUAAUGAGACUUAGUCCAUGCUAAUGGUUGAAAUGUGGAAAUGUCCUUUUAGAGUCUCCCUGUUGUCAGUGCUGCUGAAAUGGAUGGUUUCAUUUACUCUGAGCUGUCAUGUCAUAGUUCAUGAAGUGUGAAAAUGACUGAACACACUUGAGAAUAACUACCUGGGUUUUGGAUGAAUGUCCGGUUAUCUGUAUCAGUAACAUUUCAGUGAGUAACAAUAGUAUCAUUGCUUCAAAUUGUUAAUGUGAUUUAUUUUAAUUUUUUUUUAUAUAUAUACAUAUACAAAUAUUGUUUUGAAAGGCUUUAUGAACCUAAACAGAUGGCAUGUUGGUUUGUAUGAAACCCACAAUGAACAUGGUGGCAUAGCAAACCGGAGUCAGUAAUUUAGGCUGAAAUCAGGUUUCUAACAGUUUAAACUUUUUAAAAGAAUGAUUAUAUACUCUCAAAUUUGACAUUGUUCUUCUUGCCACUAAGUGACACUGCUUUUAAUGUGACGUGUGACCAGUUUUAAAUGAGAUGGCAUCUUUAAUGCAUAAAAUCUGCGAAAUAUAUGCAAUGAUGUAUGUGUAAUAUUCAAUCCUCAAGUAUAAUCCAGGUUGUAUAAACUUUGUAUAGCACAUUUUAAUAUUGUAUGGCUGUACCAAUAUGUAUUAACUCUUCUCAGAAGCCUUAGAGUUGUCUACCCAAAGUGCUCCCUUAGACUACCCUACACCUACCUGAACAUUACAAAGCAUUAAUAACUAUAUUUUGUUGCAUUUUUAUUUGUACCCUUUUUUGAAUAAAAUAGAUUUGUAAUGUAUAUUUGUACUUCUCUGUAAACUACUUAAGGCUGUUUUGUUUGAUUUUUUUUUUUUCUGUUUUAAUGCUAUGAGGACACAAAGAUAUUGUAUUUUUAUUGUUAUAGCUAACUUCUUGGAAACAUUGCAUUUAUCAUGUUUGUUAAGUAAACACAAUAUAAUAUAUAUAUAAUAUUAACAUACUGGCUUGACGUUUGUUUUUCUUUUGCAUUCCAUUGCAUUAUUUGUAUUGUUCAAAUAAUGAUUAUAUAGAAUUAUUGGCGAUAAACUAUACAUUUGAAUAUACAUACACAAACAAAAGAGACAAUGUUGAAUUCUUGAUUCUGAUUCUAAUGCUUACCCAAAGAGUAACAGCCACAUUACUUCAGUUGUGCAUUAAUUUUCAAAAAUUCAAUGUUCCGUUGUAAAUUUUUACUUGUAUAAAGGGGUGGAAAUGCCUCAGUACAUAUGACAAUUCAAUGCAUUGAUUAUUGAAUUUAAUAAUUACUAUAAUGAUACCAAAUGUAUUAUGCAUUAAUUUCAUAUCCCAAAUACAGUUCUUAAGCCUGA